GAAAGAAAACGAAAGAGGGGGAAAUAGGGAGAGAAGCGUGAUGGUCGGGUAAAGAUUGGAAUCGGAGAUGAGAAGAAGAAGGAAAGCUUCUUUCUUGGUCUUCGUCGUCUUCUUCUUCUUCUUCUUCUGAUUCCAUCGCAUUCUCAUCAGGUCUCUAAUUAUUCCACUUUCUCUCCCUAUCAAAUCAAAAACUAUGAUCAGGAAACGCCGACGUUUCGCAAUAUUAGUGUUAUUAUCAUUCUUCUUCUUCUUCUUCUUCUUGAACGACGGCGUAGCAGCAGCCAUAUCAAACUCAAAGGAUUGGUAUUUGAAAGGCUAUGGCUUCCUAACAGCAACAGUACCAGUCUCAAUCUCUCCCGCUCGUCGCUCUCUCAUGUCCCUUUCUCCUCCUCCUCCUCCUCCGCAGAGCAGGACGGCACUGGUAGCGGCGGCUGAUGGGACGAUCCAUUGGGUGGAUAAUGUAACCAUGAGGGUAAAAUGGUCUUUCUCUUCUGGACCCCCCAUCCACUCCUCUUACCAGUCUCCCGACUUGCUUCUCCAACCCAACAACUUCAACUCCUCCUUCCUCUUCGUUGACUCCGGCGAUGACUGGGACUUGUACCUCCACACCCUCCACACCCAAGUGAAACUCCCGAUCACUAUCGAAGACCUCGUAAGAACUACUCCGUUCACGUCGGAAUAUGGAGCAGUUAUUCUUGGAUCCAAGACCACUACUGUCUUUGAGGUUGAUCCUCUGCUCGGCACCCUCAUUCGCACUUAUUCCUUAUCUGAUCCUCCACCCAAUUCCAAUUCCAAAUAUACUGAAGUUGACGAUUUUAGGCCUCCCAAUGCAACUGCUACAACUAACAAUCAGUUGGUUAAUUCCGAAUCUACAAACCAAAGCCCUGCAAAGAUGCGUCUCCAAUUCAUGAGGACAGAUUAUAUGCUGCAAGGAUUUGCCCCUGAUUCAGAUGAGGUGUUGUGGAAUAUGACCAUCGCCGAGAUUGGAGCUGCUUUGCUUUGUCAAGAUGUUGACGAUCCACCUACCACCGCCGAUAUUGCUUUACCAUUGUCCUGUCAAUCUAAAAUGUUCAUCUUUCGCCUCCGAAAUCAUGUCUUGCUGGAAUCGAUCGCCGCUGAAGGAGGAGGAGAAGAAGAACUACUACCUGCAGUAGUUCAUGAUCAACAACACACUAUGCUCAUGAUGCCUUCUUCUCAGGGCGAAAAGCAUUCAGAUGUUCAUCAAGAUCAUAAGAAGAUGCUGCUGGGACUUGCAUCCAAACCUAUGCUUAAUCCCCAAGCCAAGAAAGCAAAUGUUCAUCAAUAUGACAAGAAAGAGAGCGUGCUUUCUCUGCCCCCCGCGAAAACUAGUAACGAUUCAGGUCUCCAAGAUACGCAGAACAACAGAAUUCAUUGGAACAAUGUGUUUAGCAAUUUUUUUGGUUGGUCAUCCGCUCUCGCUUUGUUAAUUGGCAUUCUCAUGGGUGUCGUUGUCCACCGCUAUGCACCACUGAUUAAAGGUCUGUUACAUGAGCAGCCAAGAGAUUCUACUGAAGCUUCACCUUCGCCUUCCAACAAAAUGAAAAAUCAACAGUCGGAGAAUAAUAAUGACAUUGUUGAGAAUUUGGAUGCUCUUGCAAACAGUGAGAGCGAUGACAAAACAUGGUUAGACCUAAGUAAGCUCUUUGAUUGUGGUGCUGAUGAGCGGAGGAUCGGUAAACUUGUUGUCUCAAAUAGAGAAAUUGCAAAGGGGAGCAAUGGUACUAUUGUCCUCGAGGGAAUUUAUGAAGGUCGGCCAGUUGCUGUGAAACGCCUUGUCCAAGCUCAUCAUUUGGUGGCUUUCAAAGAAAUUGAGAAUCUUAUAGCUUCUGAUCGACAUCCAAACAUUGUCAGAUGGUACGGGGUGGAACAUGAUCAGGAUUUUGUUUAUGUUUCGUUAGAACGUUGUACUUGCUCCUUGGAUGAUUUGGUUCAAAUAUAUUCAGAUUAUUCUCAAUAUCCUGUAUCCGGCAAGGACAAUGCUACAAUUGAGUAUAGAGCCCACUUAGAGUCGGUGAAGAAUGUCAUGCCACAUGUUAGUUUGUGGAAACUUGAUGCCCGUCCAUCGCCUCUAUUGCUAAAAUUGAUGAGGGAUGUUGUUUUUGGGCUUGUGCAUUUGCAUGAAUUGGGGAUUAUUCACCGGGACUUAAAGCCUAAAAAUGUUUUGAUAACUAACGAAAGAUCUUUAUGUGCAAAGCUUUCCGAUAUGGGCAUAAGCAAACGCCUUCUAGGGGAUAUGUCUUCCUUGGGUCACCAUGCUACUGGCUCUGGCAGUUCCGGUUGGCAAGCACCUGAGCAACUUCUUCAUGGACGGCAAACACGGGCCGUGGAUUUGUUUAGUUUAGGUUGUGUUCUCUUUUUCUGCAUAACUGGUGGUAGACAUCCUUUCGGGGACCGUCUUGAGCGUGAUAUAAAUAUUGUGAAGAACCAGAUGGACCUCUUCUUGCUGGAGGAUAUACCUGAAGCUAUUGAUCUUAUUUCUCAUUUGCUAAAUCCCGACCCUGAAUUGAGGCCAAAGGCAUUGGAGGUGUUGCACCAUCCUCUGUUCUGGAAUUCAGAGACGAGGCUUUCAUUUCUUCGCGACACUAGUGACAGAGUUGAACUAGAAGACAGAAAGAGUGGCUCCGCUUUUUUUAAUGCGAUUGAAAGUACUGCACCCAUAGCUUUGGGUGCAAAAUGGAAUGAAAAGCUGGAACCAGUAUUUAUUGCCAAUAUUGGCCGUUACAGGCACUACAAGUAUGAUAGUGUCCGAGACUUGUUGCGAGUCAUUCGAAACAAGUUGAACCAUUACAGAGAACUUCCAAAUGAAAUUCAGGAACUAGUAGGGCCAAUUCCCGAAGGAUUCGAUGGCUAUUUCACGAGUCGAUUCCCAAAACUCUUAAUUGAAGUAUACAAAGUUAUGAGUCGGAACUGUAAAGAAGAGGAAUGCUUUCAGAAAUAUUUCAAAAGCAAUGGGGAGUGACUAGUAGCUAUGUUGGCCCAUGUCUUGUUGCUUGGGAUGAUGUUGUUGGAUGUUAUUAAUGCUAUUGAUAUUCAACUAAUUUAUUAGCAGCAGGUUGUCUGUAAAUGUAGAUUUAGUUGUAAUCAUAUUAAUAUUAACAAUUACAAACUAAGUGCAAGCAAUAAGUUUAAGGAAGAUGGACCAUCGAUCAUAUUCAUAUUCAACUAA